AUGGAUUUGGAGUCUACUCGAUGGGUCUUUGUUCUCAUGCUACUCGUCACUGUCACGUCCAAUUCAUUAUUCAGAAUGUCAUCAUCUGCUACAAAAAUUACUGGACUCAGGCAAAACCUCAUCCACCGCGACUCCUUACAAUCUCCUUUUUAUACCCCUAAUGUCACAGAUCAUGAUCGAAUGCGGCAAGCAGCCCGCCGCUCCAUCGCUCGCCACCAAUACUUCCGGUCAGCCCUCGACGGAUAUUAUCCGGCAGGGGGAACAAGAUCACCGGCAACAUUGGAAUUGGAGUACAUCAUGAAGGUCGGGAUAGGGACCCCGCAAAAAGAUUUCUUCUUCAUAAUUGAUUCUGGGAGUGACAUGAUGUGGACAGUGUGUAAACAUGGUGAAUCGGUCUCCAGCGCUAGGUUCCCCAUUUAUGACCCCGCCGCAUCUUCGAGCUAUCAAACCAUUGGCUGCAAUGAGACUCUGUGUAAGGAUACGAAUUCAUCGUGCACUACUGAUUGCUUUUAUGGGGUUAGGUAUCGUGAUGGUACAUUUUCAAAUGGCAUACUGGCAUAUGAAACCUUCACCUUUGAAUGGGAUCAAAGCAUUAAAAAUAAUUUUACCUUUGAUGAUAGUACUCAUAAUAACUCUUUACCAAGCAUUGAUAGAAAUAUUGAUACCAGAAUUACUAAUGGCCAAGUUGUACUCCCAAUUGACAAAAUAGGAUUUGGAUGUAGCAUUCUUGACACUAAUCCUGGAUUUACAAGCUCUGGGGUGGUGGGUUUUGGGGGAGGGCCUCUCUCCCUUAUUUCUCAACUGAGUUCCAGAUUACCGAAGAAAUUCGCAUAUUGCCUUCCGAAUAAUGGCACCGGCGUCAUUCUUAUGGGUGAUUAUGCUGACAUCAAAAUACCCGGUAUCAAGUUGACGCCAAUUUAUCAACUACCAUUCUUGGAUACAUUAUACUUCUUGAACCUCGAGGACAUUAGUGUCGGCUCCCAGCGUAUAGGCUUACCACCAGGCAUCUUCGAUCCAAGUCAAGAGAAAAAGAAGUUGUUCAUCGACUCUGGUUCGGCUCUCACUUUCUUGGACCGGAUUGCAUAUGAUCCACUGGUCAAAAUUUUGGUGGACUCUACAAAAAAGUUAUGGACUCCAGACCCCCUGAAGCAAUUUAAUCUUUGCUAUUGGAGUGAAGAUAGAUCAGGAGAUGUUACAGGAUUCCCAGAUAUUACAUUCCACUUCAAGGGUGAGGCUGAUUGGAGAGUAGAUCCCAAAAAUUUGUUUGCAAAGACGGAUCCACUGACCACAUGCUUCAUGCUGAUCCCAACUGAUUCUCUCUCCAUCUUUGGUAACUUAAUGCAGCGAAAUAUGGGGGUGGAGUAUGACCUUGUGAACGAGAGGCUUGUCUUUGCUCCAGCAGAUUGCACAAAGAUUUAG